UCAUCGCAUCUGCGCGACAGGACUCCCUUUGCAGGGGACAGUAACAAGCCGAAGAAGCGUUGCACACACUGAUACGAUGGAUUUCAAUCUCAAAAAGCUUACUUCUGAUGCAGGAGUCUUCUUCACUCGUGCAGUCCAGUUCACAGAAGAGAAGUUGGGCUCUGCGGAGAAGACUGAGCUCGAUGCCCAUUUGGAGAAUCUGAUCGCCCGGGCCGACUGCACGAAGAACUGGACUGAGAAGAUCUUCAGGCAAACAGAGGUCUUGUUGCAGCCCAAUCCAAGUGCGCGUAUAGAGGAGUUUUUCUAUGAGAAGUUAGAUAAGAAGAUCCCAUCCAGGACAACCAAUGGAGAGCUGCUGGGACAAUAUAUGCUGGAUGCUGCUAAAGACUUUGGCCCAGGGACCCCAUAUGGCAGUACCCUGAUCACGGUGGGGGAGUACCAGAGUAGACUGGGUGGGGCGGAGCGGGAGUUCCUCCAGACCUCGGCUAUCAACUUCCUUACUCCUCUACGCAACUUCCUGGAGGGAGACUGGAGAACCAUAUCUAAAGAGAGACGUCUCCUAGAGAACCGGCGGUUGGACCUGGACAUCUGUAAAGCACGUGUCAAGAAAGCCAAGCAAGCCGAGGCUAAAGCAGCAGCCGAGCCCGAUUUUCAGGAGACUAGGCCUCGAAAUUAUGUUCUGUCUGCGAGCGCAUCUGCGCAAAGCAGUGGUGGCUGGGAUAGUUGGGAUCUGGAAGAUUCCAAAGAGUCGGCCAAUGUGAUGGAUCAGAGGAAGCUGUGGAGUGAGGAAGUGGACAAAGCGGAGCAGGAGCUGCGUGUGGCUCAGACAGAGUUUGACAGACAGGCCGAGGUCACCCGGCUGCUACUGGAGGGCAUCAGCAGUACACACGUCAACCACCUGCGCUGCCUGCAUGAGUUUGUGGAGGCCCAGGCUACAUACUAUGCCCAGUGUCACCAGUACAUGCAGGAGCUGCAGAAAGAACUGAGCAGUGCUAACAGCGAUACGUACCCAAACUCUUUUGCCUCGAACGCCAACCCCUCCACCUCUGCCACAUGCCCCUCCCCCGUCUCCUCUGCCACCCUGCCAGGGGUCUCACCCCCAUGCCUGGCCUCCACCUCCACUCCUGGCAUCGCUCGGGAGCCUUCUGGCCCACUGAAAAUCCAGGAUGUGCAGCAGCCUUCCACAGGCCACCGCAAGGCAAAGGUCCUGUAUGACUACGACGCCCACGACACUAGUGAGCUCUCCUUACUGGCCGACGAGGUAGGAGCAGCCAUGGUUCACAUCUGCUAUGGGGAACCAUUUGGAACAUGCUGUAUUAUGUAAAAAAUAUCAAUUCCGUGCCACAAAAUACAAACAUUGCAAUCUUUUGUCUACAAAAUGCCAAUUGGUAAUGGCAUGUUACAAACUGCAUCCCAUAAUCUGGGACAUUUAACAAGUUAGCCUCUGUCUCUCUUUUAGGGCUGACCCAUUUAUUUGGCUGGGCGAUUGUUUGUUCGAUAGGCUGUUGGUCGAACGACAUUUCUUUAGUCGAGCAGUAGCAAAAAAACUAAAGUUUCUGAUUCGCGCCUGUCUGUGUGGACUAAUCCAUUGUGGAGGUCUUGGGGAUGGCACAGUCCAUCACUCAAAGAUGUGCAACUGAAAUUGUAUAUGGUUAUAAACUCUUCAUGGACUGCACCAGAUUGGCCAGUUAUUGCCAGAUUGGCCAGUUCUACCAAGGCACCUUCAAGUUCCCGGACAUUUCUGGGGGGAAUGGCCCUAGCCCUCACCCUCCGGUCCAGCAGGUCCCAGACGUGCUCAAUGGGAUUGCGAUCCGGGCUCUUCGCUGGCCACGGCAGAACACUGAUCUUCCUGUCUUGCAGGAAAUCACACACAGAACGAGCAGUAUGGCUGGUGGCAUUGUCAUGCUGGAGUGUCUGUCAGGAUGAGCCUGCAGGAAGGGUACCACAUGAGGGAGGAGGAUGACUUCCCUGUAACGUACAGCGUUGAGAUUGCCUGCAAUGACAACAAGUUCAGUCCGAUGAUGCUGUGACACACCGCCCAGACCAUGGCGGACCCUCCACCUCCAAAUCGAUCCCACUCCAGAGUACAGGCCUCGGUCUAAUGCUCAUUCCUUCGACGAUAAACGUGAAUCCGACCAUCACGCCUGGUGAGACAAAGCCGCAACUCAUCAGUGAAGAGCACUUUUUACCAGUCCUGUCUGGUCCAGUGACGGGGGGUUUGUGCCCAUAGGCAACGCUGUUCAAAUCAAAUCAAAUUGAUUUAUAUAGCCAUUCGUACAUCAGCUGAUAUCUCAAAGUGCUGUACAGAAACCCAGCCUAAAACCCCAAACAGCAAGCAAUGCAGGUGUAGAAGCAGGAUGGCUAGGAAAAACUCCCUAGAAAGGCCAAAACCUAGGAAGAAACCAGGCUAUGUGGGGUGGCCAGUCCUCUUCUGGCUGUGCCGGGUGGAGAUUAUUACAGAACAUGGCCAAGAUGUUCAUAAAUGACCAGCAUGGUCAAAUAAUAAUCACAGGCAGAACAGUUGAAACUGGAGCAGCAACACGGCCAGGUGGACUGGGGGCAGCAAGGAGUCAUGUCAGGUAGAGGGCUCAGGUCGAGAGAGAGAGAGAGGUCGAGAGAGAGAGGUCGGUCGAGAGAGAGAGGUCGGUCGAGAGAGAGAGGUCGGUCGAGAGAGAGAGGUCGGUCGAGAGAGAGAGGUCGGUCGAGAGAGAGAGGUCGGUCGAGAGAGAGAGGUCGGUCGAGAGAGAGAGGUCGGUCGAGAGAGAGAGGUCGGUCGAGAGAGAGAGGUCGGUCGAGAGAGAGAGAG